UCCUGCGGCGGGCGGCGGCGAGCGCGGCGCGGGGCGAAGGCGCGCCGGGCGCCAGUGACCGCGAUGGUGCACUCGAGCCGCGUGCAGCCGCAGCAGCCCGGGGACCAGAAGCGGCCGCCGGCGCCCCGGGCGGCGGGCCCGGGCCGGCUGAUGGCGGGCGGCGGGGCCGUGGGCGCCGGCCUCCGCGAGCAGAGGGGCCUGGAGAUCGAGAUGGAGCGGAUCCGGCAGGCGGCCGCGCGGGACCCCCCGGCCGGAGCCUCGGCCUCCCCGUCGCCUCCGCUCUCGUCGUGCUCGCGGCAGGCGUGGAGCCGCGACAACCCAGGCUUCGAGGCCGAGGAGGAGGAGGAGGAAGAGGAGGUGGAAGGGGAGGAAGGGGGAAUGGUGGUGGAGAUGGACGUGGAGUGGCGCCCGGGCAGCCGGAGGUCGGCCGCCUCCUCGGCCGUGAGCUCCGCGGGCGCCCGGGGCCGGGGGCUGGGGGGCUACCACGGCGCCGGCCAUCCGAGCGGGAGGCGGCACCGGCGAGAGGACCAGGGCCCGCCGAGCCCCAGCCCGGCCGGCGGCGGGGACCCGCUGCAUCGCCACCUCCCCCUGGACGGGCAGCCGCCCCGAGUGGCCUGGGCCGAGAGGCUGGUUCGCGGGCUGCGAGGUCUCUGGGGAACAAGACUCAUGGAGGAAAGCAGCACUAACCGAGAGAAAUACCUUCAAAGUGUGUUGCGGGAACUGGCCACGUACCUCCUUUUCCUCAUAGUCUCGUGCAUCUUGACCUAUGGGAUGAUGAGCUCCAGUGUGUACUACUACACCCGGAUAAUGUCACAGCUCUUCCUGGACACCCCGCUGUCCAAAACGGAGAAAACUAACUUUAAAACUCUUUCUUCCAUGGAAGACUUCUGGAAGUUCACAGAAGGCGCCUUGUUGGACGGGCUGUAUUGGAAGGCGCAGCCCAGCAACGGAACUGAAGCCGACAACCGAAGCUUCAUCUACUUUGAGAACCUCCUCUUAGGGGUGCCACGUAUACGGCAACUCAGAGUCAGAAAUGGGUCCUGCUCUAUCCCACAGGACUUGAGGGAUGAGAUUAAGGAGUGCUACGAUGUCUACUCCGCCAGCAGUGAGGACAGGGCUCCAUUCGGGCCGCGGAACGGAACCGCUUGGAUCUACACAAGUGAAAAAGACUUGAAUGGGAGUAGCCACUGGGGAGUAAUUGCAACUUAUAGUGGAGCUGGCUAUUACCUGGAUUUGUCAAGAACCAGAGAGGAAACAGCCGCUCAGGUUGCUAGCCUCAGGAAAAAUGUCUGGCUGGACCGAGGAACCAGGGCAACUUUUAUUGACUUUUCAGUGUACAACGCCAACAUUAACCUGUUCUGUGUGGUCAGGUUACUGGUUGAAUUCCCAGCAACAGGCGGUGUGAUUCCAUCUUGGCAGUUUCAGCCUGUAAAGCUGAUCCGAUAUGUUACAACUUUUGAUUUCUUCCUGGCAGCCUGUGAGAUUAUCUUUUGUUUCUUUAUCCUUUACUAUGUGGUGGAAGAGAUAUUGGAAAUUCGCAUUCACAAGCUACACUAUUUCAGGAGUUUCUGGAAUUGUCUGGAUGUUGUGAUCAUUGUGCUAUCAGUGGUAGCUAUAGGAAUUAACAUAUAUAGAAUAUCAAAUGUUGAAGUGCUACUACAGUCUCUAGAAGAUCAAAAUACUUUCCCCAACUUUGAGCAUCUGGCAUACUGGCAAAUACAGUUCAACAGUAUAGCUGCUGUCGUCGUAUUUUUUGUCUGGAUUAAGCUCUUCAAGUUCAUCAACUUUAACAGGACCAUGAGUCAGCUCUCCACAACCAUGUCUCGGUGUGCCAAAGACCUCUUCGGUUUUGCGAUUAUGUUCUUCAUUAUUUUCUUAGCAUAUGCUCAGUUGGCAUACCUCGUCUUUGGCACUCAGGUUGAUGACUUCAGUACUUUCCAAGAGUGUAUCUUCACUCAAUUCCGUAUCAUUUUGGGUGAUAUCAACUUCGCAGAGAUUGAGGAAGCUAAUCGAGUUUUGGGACCAAUUUAUUUCACUACGUUUGUGUUCUUUAUGUUCUUCAUUCUUUUGAAUAUGUUUUUGGCCAUCAUCAAUGAUACUUACUCUGAAGUCAAAUCUGAUUUGGCCCAGCAGAAAGCUGAAAUGGAACUCGCAGAUCUCAUCAGAAAGGGCUGCCAUAAAGCCUUGGUCAAACUAAAACUAAAAAAAAAUACUGUGGAUGAUAUUUCAGAGAGUUUACGGCAAGGAGGAGGCAAGUUAAACUUUGAUGAACUUCGACAGGAUCUCAAAGGGAAGGGCCAUACUGAUGCAGAGAUUGAGGCAAUAUUCACAAAGUAUGACCAAGAUGGAGACCAAGAACUGACUGAACAUGAACAUCAGCAAAUGAGAGACGACUUGGAAAAAGAGAGGGAGGACCUGGACUUGGAUCACAGCUCUUUACCACGUCCCAUGAGCAGCCGAAGUUUCCCACGAAGCCUGGAUGACUCUGAGGAGGAUGAUGAUGAAGACAGUGGGCAUAGCUCCAGAAGGAGAGGAAGCAUCUCCAGUGGGGUUUCUUAUGAAGAGUUUCAAGUCCUGGUGAGACGAGUGGACCGAAUGGAGCACUCCAUCGGCAGCAUCGUGUCCAAGAUUGAUGCUGUGAUAGUGAAGCUAGAGAUCAUGGAGCGGGCCAAAGUGAAGAGGAGGGAGGUGCUGGGAAGGCUGCUGGACGGAGUGGCUGAGGAUGAAAGACUGGGUCGCGACAGUGACAUCCACAGGGAACAGAUGGAACGGCUAGUGCGGGAAGAGUUGGAACGCUGGGAAUCCGAUGACGCAGCUUCCCAAAUAAGUCAUGGUUUAGGCACACCCGUGGGACUAAAUGGUCAGCCUCGCCCCAGAAGCUCCCGCCCUUCUUCGUCCCAGUCUACUGAAGGAAUAGAAGGUGGAGGUGGAAACGGGAGUUCCAAUAUCCACGUCUAGGACGCCUGUUAUAUACAUGUUCCUGAUGGGUGAGAAGGUGGCUGUCCUGAAUUGCCAUAGCGAGUACACUAUUUAUAUGCCCUGACCACCACAUGAUGCUGGUCUCUGUGACCAACUGUUAAUGCUUCUGCACUUUAAUUUAUUUUAGAUAAACCGCCCAUGGAUCAAAGAAGAUUUUUUUUUCUUUUUCUCAUAUAAGAAAUCUAGGUGUAAAUAUUGAGUACAGAAAAAAAACCUUUGUAAAGUGUAUGGAGUGUUUGCCCACUUGCUAGCCAUGACUGAGUCUUCUCAGCUGACGAUGAAGUGGCCUUUUAAAGCUAGACGAGAACUGUCAAAAGGCUUCUGAGUUUUGUUUCCAAUUACAAAAAUCAAUAUUGUCAUUUGCCCAGUGUGUGAAGGGAAAGGAGGGGCAUUCCUUUCCACUCAGGCUGAAUACAUAGCUUUCUUUAAAGAAAGGAGUCUUUUAUUUCAACUACCUUCCUGGGGUCAACUUUUCUAAAAGAUGAGCUGGAAAAGAACUCCAAACCAUAGAAUGGGUAUGUAGUCAUUAUGCUAGAAUUUGUAUGAAUGGGUAAGAUAAAUGUUGAAUAUUAUGCUUUUUUGUUACUUUAUCAUGUCUAAUGUCUGUGGGAAUAAUUGUUUCACUUAAUUUUUAUACUAUUUUUGCUCAUUUGAAAUAAGCUGUGUGAAACCACCAAAGAUCACUUAUGGGUUAAAAUAUCAUCUCUAACCAGAACAUAGAAUUGGAAGGAGUCCUAGCACUAAGUUUGACUUUUCCUAGUAAUUAGUUUCCUAUAAAGAUUUGUCCGUAUAUUCUCUUUCCCAUGUGGCUCAAAUUAUUUGCAACUGAAUUUAAUGUUGUAACUAAUCUGGGAAGACCAACUUACUAAAUUUGUUUUAACUCAGCAAAUAUGUUCACUUGAAACAAGAUAUUAAGGGAGUUUUGAAAUUCAGAUGAAAAUAUUAUAAAACUCAAACUUGAGUUUUAUACUGUUUUAAGAAUACAGAACUCAAAUACUCUUGAUUCUGUGUUUCAAAACUAUAAUUUAUAAUCUAAAUGGAGCUCAAUUUAAUGAAAAGGAGUUUUUGGUAUUGAAAGUCCAUGGCUUAUCAGAAGGUAACAGCCAAAGAUUGAGUUUGCAGCAGUUUUUCUAUUUUUCAUUCGGAGAAGGUCUCACCAAAUUUGUGAGGAAGAAAUCUAUUUCUCAAUAAGAAGUAAAAAUCUUAUUUUUCAAAAGUGUUGAGUAAGGUGACCUUUUGAGAGCUAAUGGGACAAGAGAGAAUGCAGUGCUGGUGAAUAACUCUCACUUGGAGAACAAUAGAAGAGGGGCCUGUUUUUUAAUGCUAUAUUUUCAGUUUACAUGCUAUUGAUUUAAUUGGUAGAAUAUCAAUCAAAUCUUCAAUGAAAACACGAGCAAACAAACCUUUCUAAGCUGGCUUCUAUAGAAGUUUCUUAAACAGUUAUUUCCCAUGGCUCACCUCCAUCUUUACUUUCUUUUGAAUAUGCUACACAAAGUUCUUUUUACUAGGUACUCAAGUUUGCAUUCCAGGGAUAUUGAGUGUACGUAUUUAUGUAUGUGUACCAUGUUGUUACAUUUAAACAAACUUCGAUUUGAAGUGCAGCCAUUAUGUGGUAUCCAUGUGUAUUGACCACGUGCCAUAUAUCCAUUAUGGUCACUAGAAAGUCUUUUUAUAAUACUUAUUAUUAUACUGUUUUUCAUUUCACCUGUAAAAUUUUGCAAAAUUCUUUCUUUUACCCACAAUUACAUAUUUUUUUCUUCUUUAGUCAUGGAGAAUUCCCUCUUCAUCCCUCCCCCAUCAUCUUCCCCUCUAUAUUGGUAUUAAGAAGAUGUUACAUACGCAAGUCUCUCUCGACAAUCGAGACUUUCAUUAAUGUGUAAUACUGAGCGCUUUACUUCUUAAUAAAGACUUGAUAAAAUA